UUCAAACUUCCCACGACUGCGAUCGGUGGUUUAGAGUCGGUUCUAGUCACUUCUUCCGUGUCCUUUGCCGGCAGCGCACCAUGAGUCUCGUCAGCGCAAGAGGGGACGGCGGCAGACCGCGACCUCCGCCCGAUCCGGUCGCGGUUCUGCGAGGUCACGGCGCUCAAGUCAUGGAUGCCUGUUUCCACUCUUCGCGGUCGCUUCUCUUCACCGGUGCUGCCGAUGGGGAGCUGCGAAUUUGGGAUACCGUGCAGCAUCGGACGCUCUCCUCUACCUGGGCUCACGGCGGAGCGGCAGGCGUCUACAGUGUUGCUACUAGCCCUUGUAUCGAGGAUAAAGUUGUGAGUCAGGGAAGAGAUGGGAUGUGCAAAUGCUGGCAGGUUGAGGAAUCUGGUCUCUCCAGGGACCCUUUGGUUGCCUUUAGGACCAAUACAUAUCACUUCUGCAAACUUUCUUUAGUGAAAUCCUCUGCACCCGUGAAAUUAGUGGGGCAAACUGAUCAAACAGAUUGCAAAUCUGCUUGUUCCACUAUAGGAUAUGAAGAUCAGAAUGGCAAUCAUGACUUGGAGAAGAGAUAUAGAGUGUCUCCAGAACACCAUCCUGCUGAGACAUCUUCAACCCCGAUUGAAGGUUCUAACACAACUAGAGGACCAAUGUUGAUGGCUAUAGCUGGUGAAGAAUCUUAUCAGGUUGAGAUCUGGGACCUUCAUAAUGGAGAGCGGUUGAUGUGCUUGCCCCAGACAUUUGAUGACAUUUCCACAGGGCAUCCAAUAAAACAAAGAGGAAUGUGUAUGGCUGUCCAAGCUUUCUCAUCACUGGAGUCACAAGGGCACUUAAAUAUUUUGUCUGGUUAUGAGGAUGGAAGCAUGCUUUGGUGGGAUAUACGGAAGCCUAGGUCUCCAUUAUCUUCUGUAAAAUUUCAUUCAGAUGCAGUUCUAUCUCUUGCAACUGAUGGCUCAUGCAAUGGUGGCAUAUCUGGAGGUGCUGAUAACCAAGUGAUCUUAUUCAGCCUUGAUCAUCAAAAGAGUGCCUGUACUAUUAAGAAAGAAUUAACUGUUGAUCGUCCAGGAACAGCAGACACUGCAAUACGAGCAGACAGUAAAAUUGCAGCAACAGCCGGGUGGGAUCACAGAGUGCGCGUAUAUAAUUACCGCAAAGGGAACACUUUAGCAAUACUCAAGUAUCACACUGGUUUGUGUAAUGCAGUUACAUUUUCACCUGACUGCAAGCUGAUGGCAUCCUGCUCAGAAGACUCCACCGUUGCACUAUGGAAUAUUUAUCCUCCUCGACCUUAAUGGGAAAUGUCUCUGUCCAUCCAGUCCACUCUCCAUUCCUCAACCUUGAGGAUUGAGAAGUUGAAAAAUCAUGGGCCUUAGGGCAGUCCCAUCUAAGUAGGUUUUCUUCGCAAGUUGCUGCUCAGAAGUGUAGAUAUGCAUUGCAUGCUACCUGAUGGAAGCCGUGAAUGCAUAUUAACUGAUGCCAUCUUGGACUCUUGUGAUUCAUGCUUUGCUUAAUCUCAAGUUUUAAAAUUGCAUGCGAACUGGGGUGGUCUUCGUAGAGCAUGAUCUUUGGAUUGUAAGAGGUUAUAAAUGGCCUAAUCAAAUCAUUAGCGGUCGUUGAUUGAGACUUUCAUUUUGCUAACGAAUGUCUUUGUAAUUUUUUGUAGUACUUUUUCUUUAUUGUUUUGAAACUGAUAUUCCUUAUUGUUGAAUGCCAAUGCAAGUACUUCGAA